AUGGGCGGUCGAACGCCCAUCGAGCCGCAGCGCGUUGAUGCACCCCUGACAUCCUCAGCAACCUUUCUCGUCCUAUCAGUCAAGCUCGACGACGACGACGCCACACCCGUCGAAGGCCUUUCCAAGAACGUAUCAAUUCGCGACCUCAACGCCUCAUUCGCCUGUACUGUCGGAAUUGGCAGCGACGCCUGGGACCGCAUCACGCGCCAACCCCGACCUGCCGAACUCCACCCGUUCAGGGGAUUCCACGGCAAGAAGCAUUCCGCCAUCGCUACGCCGGGUGAUCUUCUCUUUCACAUCCGCGCCCAAAGACGGGACCUGUGCUUCGAAUUUGAGCGACAACUCCUCGACUCUUUGGGCGAUGCCGUAUCCGUAAUCGAUGAGACAGUCGGGUUCCGGUACUUCGACGUACGCGACCUGCUUGGCUUCGUCGAUGGGACUGCUAACCCUGUCGGUCCGGCCGUCACCGAGUCCAUCGUUGUCACCGAGCAGGACGAUGCGGCUUCCGCGGGUGGCAGUUACGUCGUGGUUCAAAAGUACGUGCACGACAUUGCGGCUUGGCGUAAAAUGUCAACCGAGCAGCAGGAGAAAGUUAUUGGCCGGACCAAGUUGGAGAAUGUCGAGCUCGACGAUGCUCCGGACGGCCAGCAGCAGUCGCACAAAUCGCUGGCCACGAUUGAGGAUGACCAGGGCGAGGAGCACGACAUUCUCCGAGACAAUAUGCCGUUUGGAUCCCCUGGGUCCAAGGAGUUCGGGACAUAUUUUAUCGGGUAUUCCAGGAAGUUGUGGGUGACGGAGAAGAUGUUGUGCCGUAUGUUCAUUGGGGAGCCGCCUGGUAUGCAUGAUCGGAUCCUUGACUUCUCGAGACCAUUGACCGGGACGACGUUCUUUGCACCAUCCGCGACUCAGUUGGCCAGUCUUGGUGAUAGCUAAUGGCGGAGUCUCUUUGGUUAUGAGAACAAAUGUCAAGAUUGAUAGUACAUCCUAGGAUA